CGCACGCGCUUCCCGACGGCGCGGCCCGACCCGACGGCGCCUGCUGCGGCCCGAGCGCGCGCGGGCGGCGGGGCCAGCGGCCCGCGGGCGGCUCUCGCGGGCGUCCGGCGGCGCGUCGAGGCCAGCGCGGGCCCCCGGGCCAGUCUCCUCCCCCGGCGCCCCGGAAGCGCGGCCCGGGGGGCGAUGCGCCGGCGCCCGCGGCGGCCCCGAGGCUGAGCCCGGCAUGGGCUGCGCCCCGAGCAUCCACAGCGCCGAGAGCCCCGCGCCCCGCCGCGGGGGCCCCGGGGCCCAGGACGCGCCCAGCGCCGCCGCGCCCAGCGCCCGCGGCCACCGCCUGGCCGAGUCGGAGCCGCGCGGCCUGGAGGAGAUGGUUUGCAGUGUGCAGUUUGGACCCAUGAGGUUCCAUCCAGACCAGCUUCAGGUGCUGCUGGUGUUUGCUCAGGAGGACGGGCAGUGUGCUGGGUUCUGCAGGGCUUGCGAGUGGCUGGGCUUCAAGUACAGCGUGGCCAGGGAGACGCAGACCGUGCUGGGCUGCUUCCUGGACCAGCACCAUGACGUCAUCGUCAUCGACCACCGGGCCCCGGAGAAGCUGGAUGCUGAGGCUCUCUGCAGGUCGAUCAGAUCAGCCGAGCUCUCAGAGAACACUGUGAUCGUGGGCGUGGUGAGCAGGACUAAUGUGGAAGAGACGUCGGCACUGCCCCUCAUUGCCGCUGGCUUCACCAGGAGGUACGUGGAGGACCCGAGCCCCAUGGCCUGCUACAACGAGCUGUUGCAGCUGGAGUUCGGAGAGGUGCGGUCUCAGCUGAAGCUCAGGGCCUGCAACUCCGUGUUCGCGGCGCUGGAGAGGAGUCAAGAGGCUGUGGAGAUCACCAGCGAGGACCACGUCAUACAGUAUGCAAAUCCGGCCUUCGAGAGCACCAUGGGGUACCAGUCCGGGGAGCUUCUGGGGAAGGAGGUGGCCGAGCCUGUCCAGGAGGCAGUCCUGCUGGGCACCCUGGAUGCUCCAGCCCACACAGGCAAGGAGUGGCAGGGGAUCUACAGUGUCAAGAAGAAGAACGGGGACAGUGUCCAGCGGAACGUGAAGAUCGUCCCUGUCGUGGGGCAGGGCGGAAAAAUUAGACACUAUGUGUCUAUUAUCCGAGUAUGCAAUGGCAACAGUAAGGCUGAGAAGCGAGCAGAGUGUGCACAGCCGGACACCCGCACAGAUAACCUGUCCGGCCGCUACAGAGACAGGCGGAAAACCUCCCUGGACAUCAAAACGGUGACUUCCCGCACCAGUGAAGUCUCUGCCCAGAGGCGCCACUCGUCCAUGGCCCGCAUCCACUCCAUGAUCAUAGAGACACCCAUCACCAAGGUGAUCAACAUCCUGAGAGCGGCGCAGGCUGGCAGCCCCGUGCCCGUGGUGGAGGCGCUGGGCCGCGUACUGGACAUCCUCAGGACCACGGAGCUCUACUCCCCUCAGUUCGGGGCCAAGGACGACGACCCUCACGCCAACGACCUGGUGGGGGGCCUUGUGGCGGACGGUUUACGAAGACUCUCAGGGAACGAAUACGUCCUCACAACGAAGGCCCUCCAGCCAGUCCCCAGCCCCCCCGUGUCCCUGAAGGACAUCCCCCCAAACAUUGCACAGGCCUUAGAGGCUGAGGACAGCUGGGACUUCAACAUCUUCGAGCUGGAGGCUGCCAGCCACAACAGGCCUCUUGUCUACCUGGGCCUCAAGAUCUUCAGCCGCUUCGGCCUCUGUGAAUUCCUGAGGUGCCCCGAGGCCACGCUGCGGGCCUGGCUGCAGACCAUUGAGGCCAACUACCACACCAGCAACCCUUACCACAACUCCACACACGCAGCCGAUGUGCUGCAGGCCACGGCCUACUUCCUCUACAAGGACAGGACCAAGCAAACACUCGAUCACGUGGACGAGGUGGCUGCCCUCCUGGCCGCCGCCGUUCAUGACGUGGACCACCCUGGGAGAACCAACUCCUUCCUGUGCAACUCGGGCAGCGAGCUGGCCAUCCUGUAUAACGACACGGCCGUGCUUGAGAGCCACCACGCCGCCCUGGCCUUCCAGCUUACCGCUGGGGACGCAGAGUGCAACAUCUUCAAGAAUGUGGACAGAAAUGAGUACCGGAUGCUGAGGCAGAGCAUCAUCGACAUGGUUCUGGCCACAGAGAUGACUCGGCACUUCGAGCACGUCAACAAAUUCGUCAACAGCAUCAACAAGCCCUUGGCGGCCCUAGAGGAAAGCGGGGAGGCAGACCCCGACGCGGUACAGACCAUGCUCAGGGCGCCUGAGAGCCGGGCGCUGGUGAAGCGCAUGCUGAUCAAGUGUGCCGAUGUGUCGAACCCCUGCCGGCCCCUGGAGCAGUGCGUGGAGUGGGCCGCCCGCAUCUCUGAGGAGUACUUUGCACAGACGGAUGAGGAGAAGCAGCAGGACCUGCCGGUGGUGAUGCCCGUGUUCGACCGGCAGACCUGCAGCGUGCCCCGCUCCCAGAUCUCCUUCAUUGACUACUUCAUCACCGACAUGUUCGACGCUUGGGACGCCUUCGUGGGGCUCCCCAACUUGCUGCAGCACCUCGACAACAACUUCAAAUACUGGAAAAGGCUGGAUGAGAUGGGGCUGCGGGGCUCCCAACCGCCCCCCGAGCCCUCCAAGUAGCAGGGGCAUACCAGGCCCUGUCCUUCCAGGAGAGUAGAGCCUGGGGGAGGGGGCACUACCCCCAGAACACUACUGUCGUUGCCUCUCCCAUGGGUGCUGGUGCUGAGCACUGAGGCCAGUCACCGGCAUUAUUUAUUUGGUCAAAAGUGUAAUAUUCUCUAUGGAUCUGAGACUCCUCCAGAGUUACAUGCAGUUCUGGACACCGCGGCCCCCUUCACAGGACGCGUGUCCAUUCGGAAGCUGUCCAUGCUGGACUCUGGUUCCCGUGGAACGCGCCUCCUUCUGCACUGUGCUCGCCUGAUAAGCGGCCAUGAGCGGGCCCAGAGCAGACUUUGGCUUGAUACUGCCCCCUGCCCCCCCCCCCCCACUUUGAUAAAGGCAUCCCCACAAGCCUUAUUUUAGAUGGCACUUUUGCCAAGCAGUCCCAGGCCCACCAGUCAGUCACCAGCGGACGUCCAUGCAAUGCUUUACAACCACUCGAUCUCCAUGGGCAGGCGGCAUCUCCUCAGGGUUCUCUACCUUCACGAUUGGAGUAAGUAGAGUAACAAAACCACACCCCGGGACCCAUCUAUGCACUUGUCUCUGCAUCUUAAAUGUUACCUUUCAUUUCCAAAUGAAAACAGA